AAAGAAAGUGAAUAGUAAAAUGGAAAAAUAAAGAGAAGAAUCAAUGAAUGCCCUUUCGAGUUUUCCUCCAAGCACUUUUCUAUAGUGGAAGGGGGGCACAAACUUGACAACAAACAAACCACUAGCAAAAUCACCUAUAGAUAUUAAUCAAAAUUAAAAAACCAAAAAAGAAAAAAAAAAAAAAAACAUGAAAAUUGGGGCCUUGUUUUACUCCGCCAUUCCCAAAGCCGAUUCUCUUUAGAAAUUUGAUAGAAGUCGUAGAAUCUUUAAAAAAGCUAAUCCUUUUUUUUUUUCUUUAUCUCCUUUCUCCUUUUCCUCUUUUCCAAACCAUCAAAACCUAACCCUAACAGAGCAAGCUGCAACUAACAUCACCUAUGGCGUCACCGAUCUUGCUAUGGGCUUUCUCUGUAAUCCUGGCUGUGAUUCCGUCCGUUUUGGGAAACUCUGAAGGAGAUGCUCUUUACACUUUGAGAAGAAGCUUAACGGAUCCUGAUAACGUGCUCCAGAGCUGGGAUCCGACCCUAGUUAAUCCUUGUACUUGGUUUCACAUCACUUGUAACCAAGAUAAUCGAGUCACCAGAGUAGAUUUAGGUAACUCCAACCUGUCUGGACAUUUGGUACUGGAGCUUGGGAAGCUUGAGCAUUUGCAGUAUCUGGAGCUGUACAAAAAUAACAUCCAAGGAACCAUCCCUACUGAACUUGGGAACUUGAAGAGCCUCAUCAGUUUGGACCUGUACAACAACAACAUCUCAGGGACUAUUCCUCCUUCACUAGGGAAAUUGAAGUCUCUUGUAUUCUUGCGGCUAAAUGACAACAAGUUAACCGGACCUAUCCCUAGGGAACUUGUUGGUAUUUCAAGCCUCAAAGUUGUUGAUGUCUCAAACAAUGAUCUGUGUGGAACAAUUCCUACCACUGGACCAUUUGAGCACAUUCCUCUGAACAACUUUGAGAAAAACCCUCGACUCGAAGGUCCUGAAUUGCUGGGGCUUGCAAGUUAUGACACAAACUGCUCAUGAAGGACUCAGUGACACCGAAAAGCUUCGAAUUAGAUAUGUACUCACAAGAUUUUAAGUGUAUUAUCACACGGUAUAAUGGGGUUUGUCAAAUGUAAUCCCUCGUAUAAGUACCUGUAAAUCUGAAUACCAGCUUGACUGUAUUAGCAUUUGUAACUCAAUUAUCCUGCUCUUUCUAAGAUGUUCUAGACAACUAGUAUUGAUGUAAUGAUAGCAACAAGUUUAAUUCCGGUGUGCAUUCUUAAUUUUGCGUA